AUGGAUUCCGGUAGUGCUACAAUUACCACCACGGAUAAAGCCUGGACUAAACGACCAUCAGAUCCCAACAUGAGUGAUGAAAUAAAAGAAGACAUCAAAAAGCCAAGAACCGAUGACGAUGAUCUCAAAUUGACAGCCAAGCAGAAAAAGAAGGCAGCCAAGGCUCGCAAGCUCGGCAUGUCGUACCAUGUCAUUGAUAACGAACUCGUCAUUCAACCAAAGCUUUUCUUUAAGCACUUCAAUGAUUUUGCAACAAUGAAGGAUGCUCGCAAUUUGAUGUUGACAGCACUAGCGCCCAAGGGUAAACAAGCACGUCUUGCUGAAAUUCCUGAUUUUCCCGGUGUAGCACCAGUAAGAAGAGCAAUCAUGAUUGAUGUCCCUAUCUACGACCCUUUUGAAAUGGGACUACCCAUUGAAGCUCGUAACGUAUCGAAAGCAGAUUCAGCUGCAGUGUAUGAUCAAAUGAAAGCUGAACCUCUUUACGAGUAUAUUAAGCAAAUGGAUGACGAAAGCACGGAAAUCUUGGGUUUGAUUAGUGCUGCUGGAUUUGAUCAGUAUAAGCGAGUACAUGAUCGGUUCCUGGACCUUUUAGAAGUGCCAUUGUCCAAGGGCGAGAUCAAAAAGAAGAGAGAGGAAGAGGAUAAAGAUCCUGAUCAGAAGAGAGCCAUUGUUCCAGAAGUUUUGAUCAUGACCAAAGAAGAAUUGCAGAUGGAGGACUUUCCUAUCCCCAUGAGCUUGGAUCCAUACAGCGUAUUAGAGGACGGCUGGGUGGACACAUUGCCUGGUGCAGGAUUAACACCCAAAAGGUUGGUUGCUUUGGAUUGUGAAAUGUGCAAAACAGUGAAUGGCUAUGCAGUGACUCGAGUAGCGCUGGUGGAUAGAGAUAAUAAUCAACUGAUCAAUGAACUCGUCAAGCCCAGUGAAGAGAUCACAGACUACGUUACACAUAUCAGUGGAGUGGACGAAAAGUCUUUAAUAGGCAUCAGCACGACAUUAGCCGAUAUCCAAAAGAAGAUACAGAAAUAUGUGGAUGGAGACACGAUCCUUGUGGGCCAUGGAUUAGUGAAUGACAUGAAGUGCCUUAAGAUGAGACAUCCUUACAUUAUCGAUACUGCCAUCAUAUACCACCACAAAAACGGGCCACCUUACAAACCAUCGCUCCGUGAUUUGACUGUACGCUAUUUGAAACGUACCAUCCAGAUUAGAGACGAGGAUAAAAAGCCAGGGGAGGACAAGGGUCAUGAUCCCUGUGAAGAUGCUAUAGCCAGUCUAGAAUUACUGGAAAGAAAACUUCGCUAUGGCAUCAAUUACGGUCUAGCUGGGUUAUCUCAAGUGGAAACUAUCAUAGACUUUUUAAAGCGUAGUAACCAGCAGGGUGCAGUGAUUGAAUGUAAUGCAGACCUCAGUCAGUUGAUGAAGAACAAAUUGGCCGAGAACAAUACAGAGGACUACUGCCCCAAGCAAACGGAUGAAGAAGUGACUCAAAAGGUGAUUGAGCAGCACAAGCACAGAGACCUUGUCCUUGCUAGGUUUGAUCUUCCUCAAGAGUCUGAGCAAGAGAGAAGACGCGCAUUUUUCAGCAUGUUCAAAGAGAUUCACCAGGCCAUGGAACCUAAUACAGCUUUUUGUAUCACAACUGGCUAUAGAUCCAAUAAGCAACGAGAUCAGCUUAGAGAGAAACGAGUUGAGUACAAGAAAAAGCUCAAGAAGGUGGGUUUAGCCGAGAUCCCCAUGGAAGAGCGCUGGAGCAUAGACGAUGAGCAUUUAUUAGAAAAGGUGGCAGACGAUACUCGAAGAGGAUUUAUAUUUUCAUCUGUCAAGAACGCUUAA